CAUUGAUACAAAUCCCCCCCCCCCCCCAGUCUAUAUAUAAACAGCAACCCAACUCCUUUACUGAUCGAGCAACCCCCAGACGAUCCCCAGUUUCUUUCAGCAAAUCUCUCUCAAGGAAUUCUCAGAUAGUAAAAAAGGACUUUCGGCAUCUAGAGAUGGAAGACAAAGUUGAAUGGAUAGGAGAAGAAAAGGUUAAGAAAGAAGAAUUCCAUUUAGUAAUCAAAACCAAGGAUGUCGAACUUGAACCAGGUGACUCCAAGGAGGAAAAGACUCAGACGGAGCUUGAAAUAAAGACCAAGUCUGUGGAAAAACUGAAGCCAAAGAAUAAGAUGGAAGAGGAGAAAGACACGAAAUCAAACAAGGAAAAGGAGAAAGGAGAAGAUGAGGAAGAGUUGAAGGAGACAGAGAAGAAAGAUAAGAAGAAGGACAAGGAUAAACAAGGGAAGAAGAAGAAGAAGAGCAAAGAUAGUGGGGGCUCAGAGAAUCAUGGAGAGAGUGAUCAGAAAGAGAAAAAGAUAGACAAAAAAGAAAAGAAGAGCAAAGGCAGCGGCAAAGGGUUAAGUGAUGGAGAAGAAGAAGAGAUAGAAUGCAAAGACGAAAAAUUGAGUGUCAAGGAUGAUUCUAAGCACACAGAGGACAAAAACGAUGAGAAGAAGAAGAAGAAGAUAAAUAAGAAGAUUAAAGAUAAGAAGGAGCAGAAAGAAGAGAAACAGAAGGGUAUAUAUAAGGAAAAGGAUGAUGGGGAUGAUGAGGAAGACGAUGAAGAAAAAGAAGGGAAAAAGAAGAAGAAAAAGGAUAAGGGAAAAUCUGAUGACAACGAAAAAGAGGGGAAGAAGAAGAAGAAGGAUAAGAAAGGCAAGGACGAAAAAAAGAAGAAAGACAGGGAUAAUGAUGAGAAAGAAGAGAAGACGGAUGAGGAGGAGGUGAAGGAGAAACACAAAAAUGUCGAGGAUGUGGAGAAGAUGAAGGCUGAAGUUACUUCAAGGGAAGUUGAAAUAGAGGAAGACGAUGAAGAAAAAGAAGGGAAAAAGAAGAAGAAGAAAAAGGAUAAGGGAAAAUCUGAUGACAACGAAAAAGAGGGGAAAAAGAAGAAGAAAAAGGAUACAGGAAAAUCUGAUGACAACGAAAAAGAGGGGAAGAAGAAGAAGAAUAAGAAGCAAGGCAAGGAUGAGAAAAAGAAGAAAGACGGGGAUAAUGAUGAGAAAGAAGAGAAGACGGAUGAGGAGGAGAUGAAGGAGAAGCACAAAAAUGUCGAGGAUGUGGAGAAGAUGAAGGCUGAAGUUUCGAGGGAGGUUGAAAUAGAAGAUGUCAAAGAGUCGGAGGAGGAGGAGAAGCAGAAAGAUGUGGUCAAGGAAAGUAAAGAGAAAAAGGAGAAAUGCGAGAAGAAGCGGAAGGUUGAUAAGAAAGACAAGUGCAAUGAUGUUGGAAAGCUGAAACAGAAGCUAGAGAAGAUUGAUGGCAAGAUAGAAGCACUUGUUGCAAACAAGGCAGAUAUCAUGAGGCAGAUUAAAGAAGCUCAAGGAACAGAGACUCCCUCAAAUGCAGCAGUGGCGGCAUCUUGAUCUUCACCCUCAGUAGUCCAUACUUAAAUACUGUACCUAUGUUGUAAUAAUGUACUUAUGCUUAAAUACUUAUGGGAUAAGUUACUCUGGUCAUUGUUGAUCAGAUUUUCCUUCUUGUACGAUUGGGAUAAGUUACUAUGGCCUUGUGAGGUUGUUGGCUGUUUGUGAUAACAAUUUUCUGUUCCGUCUUUUACUUGUGAAAAAUUUAGAAUGUUUGCUAU